AAAUGUGCAACAGGGUUUUCCCUCCUUCGAACUCUCCCGUUAAGUGAACGUUUGGAGAAGGCCGCGAUAUGGACAGUUUCAUUUCCUUGGGAUAAAAUUCGACAACCAACGGGGGGAGGAUAUGAGGUCAAUUCUUUUGGUGAAAAGCAUUACUUUGUUAUGGUUUAUCAUCCUACAUUUUGCAGAAUGCCAGCAUACUCCAGACGAAGCUCAAAACCGGCAGCUUGGUCUGUUCAGCGAGUUAGGACUAGCAGCUAUGUCUACAGUGAAUCACUGCCGGACACCCGAUGGCCUUCUCGGUGAAUGCGGGGAAAUUAGUCGAUGUCUCUACCUACUCUUCGACAUGGUCCGACUACGGAGAUCUGUCUGUUUUAGGAAUUUAUUUAUGGUUGGAAUUUGUUGCCCAGGAUUUUCGACUUCAACAACUACGGCAGCUUCUACUUCUAACACAACCUUGCUUCCCGAAACUACAAGUAUCAUGACAACAACGGAAGAGACGACAACCGUAAUUUCAAGCACCACAACUCAGCGUCCUGUCAAGCGAUUUCACCAGAAAGCUACGAAAAAGCCUUUCUCUCCUCCAACAACAGUUCCGACAACAACUCUGAAACCUAGCACAACAACUAUUCAAAGUGUAGAAAUAUAUACGGAACCCUCUUCCCCAACAACAAUGGCGACAUUUGCUUUGGCUGCAGACUCUUCGAAUCAAAAUGCUUCUUAUUCUACUAGUUUUAGAUGCGGCACUGCCGGAAGGGAUGGGCGUAUUGUUGGAGGGUAUGAAGCCAAUCCGGGACAGUGGCCUUGGAUGGCCGCCAUUUUCUUAGACAGCCAUCGCGGCAGAGAGUACUGGUGUGGAGGGGCCCUGGUGGACACCUGGUACAUAUUGACGGCAGCCCAUUGUCUAUCCGACCAAAGGGGUCGAAAAUACCGCAAAGAGCAACUGACUGUCCGCUUGGGAGACCAUCACUUAUUCCGAAGCGAUGACUCGAUGGAUCCCGUGGAUUUCAAGGUCGCCCAAGCCAUUCCUCAUCCCGAGUUCUCUCGAAGCGGUUUUUAUAACGACAUCGCUCUACUGAAGCUAAGGAAGCCUGUCACUUACUCCGAGUUCAUGAGCCCCGUCUGCUUGCCAACGGAAGGAUUGAAAGCCAAUGCUCUAGUCGGAUACAUGGGCACUGUGACUGGAUGGGGGACACUUUCAUAUGGUGGUUCUGGCAGCGGCAGUUUGCAGCAAGUGACCAUGCCCAUUUGGGACAACGCCGAUUGCAAUCGGAGGUAUUUUCAACCCAUCACGAAAGGAUUUAUGUGUGCCGGAUUUUUCGAAGGUGGAAAAGAUGCCUGUCAGGGAGAUUCCGGAAGUCCGAUGGUCAUCCCCGACAGAUCGCGGCAUUGGACAGUGGUCGGUGUCGUGUCUUUCGGAAGCAAGUGUGCUCAACCAGGAUAUCCCGGCGUCUACACGAGAGUCACCGAAUAUCUGGACUGGAUCACGGAAAACAUGCUCAAAAACCCUGAAAAUUCUAAAAUAUUUACGAAGAGAGUAAUCGAAUUAAACUAG